AACUGUUUUACAGUGUAAGAGGAAGAUCUGGGAUUGUCUGAAACAUUGUACCCAUCAAUUGAUUAUGCUCGUGAAAAUUAAUCAAAUUGAAUAAUCUUAUUUUUCACAAAGUACUCUUCCGGAGAAAGUAGGAAUGAUGCCGAAGCGUGCUUGUUGCUAUGGCAACAACAGUUUGUUAUUUCGGAUUAAAUGUGCAAUGCAGAAAUAGUAUAACAAUAACAAUAUGUGGUGGGGAUACAGUCCUGCAUUGGAUAUACAGUUCGAAAUUAAUAAAUAUGAAGUCAACAGUUCAGAUGAAUCUCUCGACGUAUUACUCGUAGGUGCUGGUGAUGCAAGACAUGUCUUGAAGACAAUAGCAUCAUCUUAUUUGCACCGCGAUCGUAUUAUUUUGUAUAACAUAAUUGAGCCAACAUUGGAACAAGUUGCCAGAUCUAUUGUUUUAUUGAAUAUUUGUUUAGAACCGGAUUUGGGACUGCAAGAGGCAACUCGUUAUUACUUAGAGAUAUUUGGGAACACAUUGGUAAGACCUGCUACAGGUAAAUAUUUGAUCAGAUGCAUCAAUCAAUUAGUGGAUAUACCUACAAAUACAAUUGACUGUCCUUGGUUAAAUUUGGAACACUUGAAACGUAGAGAUAAAGAUCGAUUAGAAGCAAUUUUCAAAUUUUGGGAACGUGCAACACGUGAGAAUAUUCCUAUUGUGGAUUAUUGGGAUAAAAGAAUUAGGAGAUCGUUGAAGACAAGAUAUGAUUAUAGGGAAGGUGUCUUCGAUUGGGAUUAUCAUAUGAUUUUGAAGUCCAGAAAUGUUUCGAACUUAACGUUACAGGAAUAUAGAUUUUGGAGAAAUAGUGGGAUUGCAUUUACAUGGUUAGAAGGUGAACCAAUUAGAAGCAAUCCCACAUUAUUAAAUAAUAUAAUACAGUAUGGACCAGGGUUUUUACACUAUGCGUAUUUAGGAGAUAUUACAAAUGGUCCUUUCUUCUCCUGGACAUUAGGAGAUACAAAGGAUAAUAAAUGGAGAGCGACUGAUGUAGCUGAGCGAGAGAUUAUGAGAAGUAUACAUGAAAUUAGAACUCGGGAACCAAUAUGUGAAGAUCUUAUUGCAUCCCAUAGAGAUUCCUCUUUAUUAAAUGGUACAUUAGUAAUUGAAUCACCUGGCACAGAAAUGGAACAAGAAUCAUGGAAAACAAAGGGGAACAGACAUAGAAAACAUAAAGCAUCUUGGACAGAUAUUGAAAAUCAUAAAAUAAUCUUUCAUCCUGUGGCGUUUUUAGAAGUUUUUAAGCGAAAAUCAGAAUAUGAUAGUAAAUUUGAAUUUAUUUGGGUAGCUUAUAAUAUGACCGAACAAAUACCCAAUUUUGUAUCUUCACUUAAGAAAGGAGGAAUCAUGUUGGUAGAAUUACCAAAGAAUUUAAUAGAAUUAAGAGAUGAAAGUUUACAAAAUUUCGUGAAGGAAUUGGAAAGUAUGGUACGUCAAUAUGGACUACGCAAAAUUCAUGACAUAAAUGCUAAAGAGCAUUGUGUUGCUAGAUUUUUCAAAUAAAUUUCAAUGUCAAUUUUCCUUAUGUAUAUAAUUCAUUUAAAACUUUCAAUGAAGCAUAAAUUGUAUACGGUAUUCAAUGUUCAUUUAUACACGCACGCGCGCGCGCGCGCGCGCGCACACGCACACACACACACACACACACACACACAACGUUGUACGUGUAGAAAUUUAAUCGUAGCCGUAGUCAAGUUUAUUCAUGAAACGAUUCAUUUUGUAAUAAACAGAAUAACUUACA